AUGCCGGGAACUGUUCAUGUUCACAAUUGACAUUCAUUCACAUGUCAUGCAAUUCACGAUUGUAAUUUGUAAUCGUAUACGCGGGUAACAAUAAUACAGUUCUAUUUAUCAAGUGUUAUUAGAAACAUGUGUAUUUAGACGUGAUUUUAUAGUGUUUUGGUAAAGUUGAACAAUUGAAUAGAAAUGUGAACAAAAGUGCAAGAAUGUAAACGAGUUUCAAAUAAAAUGUAUGAAUCUCAAUUUAUUCAAUAAACCGGUUUAAGAAUAAAUAUAUGCGCGAUAUCAAAGUGAAGACGGUAUUUGUUUAUCAUGGCGUUUUCAUUGAAUAAACUUAAAAAUAUUUUAAAUUCCAAUCGAGAGAAUCAGUUAUCGGGAAGUGGAAGCUUAGAUCCGGAAAUAGGGUUCAAAUUAGCAUUGCAUCCUGUUAGUAAAAAUUUGUAUGUGACGGUUAUUGGCGCUCGGCACCUUCCUUCCUUGUUUGGAUUAAGUAGAGCUCAUGGAUACCUUGUUAAAGUGAAAGUGUUCCCAGGCGAGAGUAAAUAUGAAACAUCGUUACAAGAAAGCUCUUGGCCGGUUUGGAACGAAGAUUUCAAAUUUCAAUUGAAACAGCCGCCAUCAAAGAAACCGAAUGAAAAAGUCGACCUUCAGACACAACUCGCCGGUCAUUUUUUGUCGUUAACUAUAUACGCUAUUUUAGAGGCACCGAAACCAGAAUCCGAAAAAAGAAGAAGCGCAAAAACUUUAGACACCAAAAAAACUAAUAAACUAACUGACGAAGAAGAAACUAAACCUAAGACUGGCUUUCUAGAAAAGACCUUUAGUAGUUUUAAGUCGACGAAAGCAGAGACAGCUCAGAAGUUAAUAUUGGAGAAACGUAGGACCGUUGGAGCGGCAACGUGGAACUUUGAUUCCAAAUUGUUCCAGAAUGAUCUCAAGAAUGGAUUGAUAGGCACGCCUGACGUCUGGAGACCAAUCAAUGCUAUUGCAAGUGGACUUGUUGCUUCUGACUCAAGGAGGGAGAACAAGAAGGGUCAGUUGGAAGUGACCCUAUUGUAUGCGGGGAGCGAGGACGGCCUCAAUGACACUGUGCAGCUUACAGUGAACCGCCUGCGCUGCAGUGUGCAGACUAUGCAGGAACAAGAGCAGUAUAAAGCACCGUUGUAUUUGAAAGCGACGAUAUUGGAAGCGAACAAAGCGGAGUGCUAUUGGAAGAGCGAUAGAUUCAUGCCAACCAUAUCCGCCAGAUGGGACCCCAAAUCUGCUACAGUGAAAUUGACAGUGUUCAAAGCGAAUUUGAACAAAGUCAGCAUUUACGUAAGUCUCGGAUGCAAGACUAAAAUGGCGAAAAAGGAAAUAUUAGGUAAAGCUACGAUCGACGAAAAGUCUAGAUACGCUGACAGCUGGAAGGAAUGUCUGCGGCAACCUGGCAUCCCUAAAGCGUUUUGGAUUAAUUUUGAAUAAAUUAAAAACUUUUUAAAUUGCACCCGCGCAAUUUUAUAAAACCAAAUCCUUACUCAGUAUCUUUGUUUAAUUGAUACAAUUAAAAAAAAAAACAUAAUUAGUAGUCUAUGUGUUCUUCUAGACUAUGUUCUAUAUGUAUGCCAAAUAUCAU